AUGGCGGACGGAGUGACGCAACUUUGUGAAUUCUGCAAUAGACUUCGAUUAUCAUUGAUUACAACCUCGAAAUUGAGAAAUAUGCCCCCUGUAUUUCAUUUGAUUCUUGCAAGCCUUACUGGAGUUGCUGUGGCAUUGAUCGCGACUUACAUUCCUUCAAUAUGGAGGCCGUGGUUUUGGCGACCAUCGCUGGAAUCAUACGCACCUGGGUUCAAUCUUGUCUUAGCACCGCAAACCGCUUUAGUGGAGAAAACUCCUUUGCAAGGGGAGGCUCUUCAAGCUCUUAAACUUGCAUUAGAAAUGAAUGGUGAAGGAAAAAGAGACAAAGCUUUGAAACUUUUCAAACAAGCUGAGGCAUUAUCACCUCAUCACCCUGAAAUUCUUUUACAUUAAGGAGAAUUUCUUGAAGACGACGAUAUAAUUCAUGCAGAGCAUCUGUAUACAAGAGCUCUAGCUGUUAGUCCUGAAAACUCUCGGGCAAUGGUAAACAGCGGAAGGACGUUACCUAAGGUACGACAGCUUGAUCAGGAAAUGCUUAAUAAGAUUGAAGAGAAAAGAGAUGAACUCUUCCGUGUUCCAAAGGGAAGCCUAGCUAUGAAAAGAGCUGUUACUGAGGCUUAUUACCAACAUAUAUAUCAUUCAAAUGCCAUUGAAGGUAACACAAUGACAUUAUCAAUGACAAGAGCAAUAGUAGAAACAAGAAUGGCAGUGCCUGGAAAGAGUAUUUUAGAGCACAAUGAAGUCUUAGGACUUGACGAGGCAAUGAAAUUUGUCAAUGGGUCCUUACUUCAAAAACAGGAAAAAAUUACUAUUGAAGAGAUUCUUGAAAUACACCGCCGGGUGCUGGGACAUGCUCAUCCUUUGGAAGCUGGCAGAUUUAGAACUACACAGGUAUUUGUGGGGAAUCAUGUUCCCCCCAGCCCAAUGGAGAUCGAAAGACAUGUGAAUGAAUUCAAUGAGUGGCUGUUGUCCAGGGAUCCUGAAAUGCUUCAUCCCAUAGAAUUUGCAGCUCUUGCACAUUACAAACUUGUCUACAUUCAUCCAUUCACAGAUGGCAAUGGAAGAACUAGCAGGCUGCUAAUGAAUUCCAUUUUAAUGCGAGCAGGAUUCCCUCCAGUUAUCAUUAGAUUUCAAGACCGAUACAAAUAUUAUGAAUACUUAGAUAUGGCAAAUCAUGGUGAUGUGAGACCCUUUAUAAGAUUUGUGGCCAGGUGUACAGAAAGAACCAUUGAUGAGUACCUGUCAGUAACAACUAUUUAUCCAGUAGGUCAUGACAAGCAUCCAGAGCUAACUGAUGCCCAUGAUAUAAAUAAUGAAGGUACAUUUAAUGUGGAUAAAAAUUUACAAUAAUUAUUUAAACAAUAGUCUGCCUUUUGUGUUAAAAUAUGCACAGAUAUUCUUUCAUGGACAUUAUCUGUUCUGAGUUGGGAACUGUUUUCCAAGAGCAUAGCUAGAGGAAAAUGCAAGCUUUAAGGAACAGAUAAUGUCCAAAGCCAAGUGAAUGAGUAUAUUUUUGCACCAAAUGGAGGCUAUUGUGUUCACCAUUCCUCAAAUAUUUUUGCAGUGUAGGAGAACAAUUUCAAGGAACAGCUAACUGAUUACUGCAUGGGAUGUUUACUUUUGAGUGUUCUCUGGUAUGAGUUAUGAAAAAAAUAAACACGUGUCUUCUUCUGUAACAAUUACUAGACCAGUGGCACACAAGCAAAAAUAUUUGAUGGAUUGUAAUAUCACAUAGUAGUUACUGUAAUGGCAAUGAUAGUGAUAUAUUUUAAAUUACACUGAAAAGAACAGUUCUACUGUUGAAAAUAUUUAAAGGAUAUAAAUUAUUCACUAGGUGAA